UAAAGAAAGCAUGGGUGUUAUUAUUUGAGUAGUUCAGAGUACUCUUUUUUUUUUUGUUGAGAGCAGCCUUGGGAUCGAAGGCAUGGAUUCUAAUCAUAGCUUAGUAGAAGUAUAAUCAUCUCCCUGUAAUUGCACCAGAGGAGAGACAGAAAGAGAGAAGAGGUGAUUAAUUUAUAAAUUCAAAUAGAUAAAAGGUGAUGAGAGAGAAGGGUGUGUGGAGAGAAAAAGAGAGAAGAAAGAAGAAAGGAAGAGUGUUUGUUUGUUUUGAUAAUCAAAGAGAGUAGAGUAGUACUACUUUAAACAAGUGGGAAAGUGGGCUUACCCAAAAGCAAAACACAAGAGUAUGUGUAUGUGGGUGUCACCUGAACUGUUUCUCUGAAUAGAGUGAGAAACUGAUUCCUAGAGAAAGAGAGCUUUCCCUAUUUUUCCUUUCCUUUCCUUUGCUUUGCUAGUUUUUUCUUUUCUUUUCUUUCUUACUCAUCUUGGGAUUUUCAAGCUAGCAGUUCCUUUUCUUUCUUUUUUUUAAAGAUCAUAUUCUGUGUAGUGUUACUUAUCAUGGAGUCUGGAAAUCUCCAUCUCCAACAACAACAGCAGCAGCAGCAGCUUCAUCAUCAAGACCAGCAGCAGCAGCUUGUUGGGUCUUCUCCUUCUUCUUCUUGUUCUUCUUUAGCUGCUCCAAUACCCAACUAUGCUUGGACCCCAAACAUCACUAUGAACAGCAGUGUAAAUUUCAGUGAAAACUGCCAUGGAGUAGUGAUCUCAUCAAAUCCAAUUCAUCAUCAUAAAAGAAAUGACUUGCUUGUCCCUCCUCUCAGUUCCAUGAUCCAAGACUUGGGCUCUGCAGAUUGUUUCCACAAAUUCACUCAAAUGUUAAACAGCUCAUCAAGCAUUGAAGAAGACUCACAAACAGAUCUGCAUAAUAAUAAUAAUAACAACAACAAUAAUGUUGAUCUUCUGAGUGAGAAGCUCUUGCUCAAGACCAUCUCUUCUGGCUUUCCAAUCAUGAAUAUUGGGCAUCAUCAGUACUUUUCACCUGCAGGAGAUAAUCAAUUCUACAACAAUGGUAAUUGUUCUAGAUUUGGUAGAGGGAGCUUCAGCCAGAUUUAUCCCAGUAUAAAUAUAUCAAACUUGAAUCAUCAAUCCAUACCGUCCGCGACUAAUAUUUCAAGCUCAUUCGACGAAAGUAGUAGUAAUUUGCAGGCAUUGGAUCUCUUGAGUAGUUGUUCAAGAUUUAAUGGGAGCUGUAAUGACAGCCUUGGCAUGUACAAACCCAGUUGCCUUCCUUUUGGUCUUGAUCAUUUGCAGCAACCAAGUCAUCACAUAACCACCUCAUGCAGCUCUAGUAGUACUAGAAUAUUGCCAUUCAACAACAAUGAAUUGACAGAGGCAAAGAGGGCCAGUAGUUUGGGGAAUCAGAUGAAGGCAACACAGUCUGCUCCAAAGAAAUCGCGAUCGGACUCCCGCUCCUCUUGUCCACCCUUUAAGGUUAGGAAAGAAAAAAUAGGAGAUAGAAUUGCAGCUCUACAACAGUUGGUUGCACCCUUUGGCAAGACAGACACAGCAUCGGUACUUAUGGAGGCUUUUGGGUACAUCAAAUUCCUUCAAAGCCAAGUCGAGACGCUAAGUGUUCCAUACAUGAAGUCAUCCCGGAGCAAGACCAGCAGAACAACACAAGGGGAUUCAAGUGGAGAGGCAAAGCAAGAUUUGAGAAGCCGAGGGUUGUGUCUGGUCCCAUUAUCAUGCAUGUCUUACGUAACUGGUGAUAUGAUUAGCGAUAGCGGUGGCGGAGGGAUUUGGCCUCCGGCUCCCAACUUCGGUUGAUGAAUACUUUGACUAUAUUUGCAUAUUAAUUGUCAAUUAGCUUAAUUAAUUAGUCUAAUGGAGCAAAUUUGGUCAGUCGGUAAGAAAGGCAAUAGAUCGACCAAGUUUGAUCCAUUAUAAACAAUAGUAAUUACUUCAUGUAUUACUCAUUAAUUUCUCUACGUACUUCUAUGUAAUUUAAUUCUUUUUUUAUUGUUUAAUUUAACUCUGAUUUUAAUUUA